AUGUUUCCAAAGGCCAUGUAUCUCUCUUUUUUUCUCUCAUAUAUAUUAUAGUUCUUCAUUUCUCCAGCCUUAUAAUCACUGCCCACUUCUCACAACAAAACUUCAACAAACAGAUCCACCAAUUUCCUCCUCUUGUUUUCUUUUUUUGCCCUACUUCGUUAGGGUUUCAAGUUUCUCUAAUUUUCUUUCUUCUUGCUAAUGCAUUCAACUUUUCUUGUCUCUUUAUUCAUCUGCUUCUUCUUCUUCUUGCUUUCUUUGUUAAUUGUUUCUUCUUUUUGGGAUCUUGAUCAUCAAGUCUUCUUCUUUUGGAUUCAACCAUGCCUGCUCUUGUUAAUUACUGUGGUGAUGAUGAAUUCUAUUCUGGGUCGUCUAUGUACUCAAAUCCCAUUGAUUUGGGUAGAUUGUAUUCAAUUGGCUCCAACGUUGAUCUAUACAGUCCUCCUUGCAAGCGGGCGCGCAUUAGUUCCAACUUUCUCUUUGGAUCCGCUGAGUUUGAGCAAAAUAAGCAGCCAUCAAUUGAUGUUCUUCCAGAUGAGUGCCUUUUUGAGAUCUUUAGGAGAGUCCAUGGUGGUAAAGAAAGGAGUGCCUGUGCUUGUGUCUCCAAGCGCUGGCUUAAUCUAUUAAGCAGUAUUAAGAGGACUGAAAUCUGUGAAGAGAAAAAUAUUCCUGUUUUCGACGAUGUAGAAAUGGUAUCUUGUGAUGAAAAUGGGGAAACCGAGAGUGAUGGAUAUCUUACUAGGUCUUUGGAAGGGAAGAAAGCUACAGAUAUUAGACUUGCUGCAAUUGCUGUAGGAACUAGUGGCCAUGGAGGGCUUGGUAAGCUUUUGAUCCGGGGUAGCAACUCUGUCCGCGGUGUCACAAACGUUGGUCUCUCAGCAAUUGCUCGAGGCUGCCCUUCUUUGAGAUCUCUUUCCUUAUGGGAUGUUCCUAGUAUUGGGGAUGAAGGUCUAUUCGAGGUGGCCAGAGAAUGUCAUUUGUUAGAAAAGCUGGACCUCUGCAAUUGUUCUUCAAUUACCAACAAGGGUUUGAUUGCAAUUGCUGAGAAUUGCCCCAAUUUGAUCUCUUUGAAUAUUGAAUCUUGUCCAAAGAUUGGAAAUGACGGAUUAAAAGCUAUUGGAAAGCUUUGCACGAAACUUCAAUCCAUAUCCAUAAAAGAUUGUCGUCUCGUUGGGGAUCAUGGAGUAUCUAGUCUAUUGUCCUCAGCUACCAAUGUCUUGUCAAAGGUAAAGUUUCAGGCCUUGAAUGUCACAGAUUUCUCUCUUGCUGUAAUUGGGCACUACGGAAAGAAUGUUACUAAUCUCGUUCUCAAUAAUCUUCAAUAUGUGAGCGAGAAGGGAUUUUGGGUCAUGGGUAAUGCUCAAGGUUUGCAGAAACUGACAUCUUUGGCGAUCUCCUCUUGCCGGGGGAUAACAGAUGUAAGUAUUGAAGCUAUCGCAAAAGGUUGCUCAAACCUGAAGCAGAUGUGCCUCCGCAAAUGUUGCUUUAUGUCGGACAAUGGGCUCGUUUCUUUCGCCAGAGCUGCAGGGUCUCUCGAGAGCCUGCAAUUGGAAGAGUGCAACAGGAUUACUCAAUCGGGGAUCGUCGGUGCCAUUUCAAACUGUGGAACAAAGUUGAGAACUCUAAGCCUUGCGAAGUGUAUGGGGAUUAGAGAUGUAGCAUCAGGACUGUCAGCAUCGACUCCUUGUAGCUCUCUUCGAUCCUUGUCCAUUAGGAACUGCCCGGGAUUUAGCAGCGCCAGUUUGGCCUUGGUGGGCAAAUUAUGUCCUCAGCUUCAGCAUGUUGAUCUCACUGGCCUUUGUGCGAUAACAGAUUCUGGGCUUCUUCCACUCUUGGAGAGCUCUGAAUCAGGACUUGUGAAGGUGAAUCUCACCGGCUGCAUGAGUUUGACUGACGAAGUCGUUUCAGCCUUGGCUAGGCUUCAUGGUGGAUCUCUUGAAUUGUUGAACCUCGAUGGUUGCAGAAAGAUUACAGAUGCUGGCUUGAUAGCCAUCGCUGAGAACUGUAUGUUUCUUAGUGAUCUCGAUGUGUCUAAAUGUGCAGUCACUGAUUCUGGAAUCGCGACUCUGUCGAAUGCAGAUCAGCUCAACCUUCAAGUCCUUUCUCUGUCGGGCUGUUCCGAAGUGUCAAAUAAGAGCUUUCCUUUCCUAAAGAAAAUGGGCAGGACUCUGAUGGGGUUAAAUCUUCAAAACUGUAGUUCUAUCAGCAGCAGCGCCAUUGAGCUGCUUGUAGAAAGCCUAUGGAGAUGUGAUAUCCUCUUUUAAUCAAGGAGGAUCGCGAGCAUAUCUACAGAAUUGAAGACGGCAAAGUGUCUUGGGGUUUACAGGCAGAAUCGAAGAAUUCCAGUUGGAUUUGAUAAAUUGUGAAUGGAUCGAGUUCCAAUAGUCAGAUUGCAGGGGUAGCAGAAAUACAGCAUAGUUUUUUGGCCUAUUAGUAACGGGUCCGCUUCUAACUCAGGCAUGGUUGUUUUACCAGGGAACUUUGGCAGAUCAUUACUCCAUCUUUUUGCAGGCUUUCCUCGUCUCGGAAGUUUGUUGCAACUUUUUAGUCCCCUUUGAUCGGGCGGCCUUCUAUUUCAAUGCCAUGGUUUCUUGAGAAUACAGUUUACCAAGCUCUAGUUUAUAUUUUCCCGUGUGGCUGGCUACUGGCUCUACUCCGAUCCAUCCAUGGUUUGUCAAGUCCUGUUAAGUUUUGCUGGAUGUAAAAACACCCCCAAGUAAGUUUAGCCUUUAAUGUACUAAUACCGAUCGCCUCAUUUCCGUGUUAUGUUAUGGUCAUCUGAGUCAUUUAGAGUGUGUUAUUUUCAUUAGUUUGUUCGUGUUAGUUGCAAGUGUCGAUAAUAAGGGGCUUGAAACCCUUGUUGGUUGAUCGGUCCUUUUCGUGUUUGCUUUCAGUUUAGUCGUUUGUGUGUAAGGUUGCUUAGGGCAGUUCUGUAAUCGGGGUUUCCUCAGAUUAGCAGGUGUUUGGCUGUGGUAUUAGGUUCCUCCCUUUUACCACUACAUCAUUGUUUUUAAGCCAGGCCUGAUUUUUCAGGUUUCUCUUUGAUUGUGAAUUGUACUUGGCAACUUCUUCAAUAAAAUGUUGUGUUUGUGUGCAA